UAGACUUUCUACGAGGUUAUCUCCUCUUGCCAGCGGAAGUAAUUGGAUGUGAGACGACCACCGCUAGGAGAAGUAAACAUGGAUGCCGAAACAUCACACAAGACUUGGUGUCUGCAGAAUAGUGUGGAAACGGUGAGCAGUGUUGACGAAAUAUAUCGGUACGACAAGAAACAACAGCAGGAUAUACUCACAGCAAAACCAUGGGAGAAAAAUCCGCAUUACUUCAAGUAUAUAAAAAUCUCAGCUCUAGCUCUCCUCAAAAUGGUCAUGCAUGCUCGAUCAGGCGGUAACCUUGAAGUAAUGGGUCUCCUGCUAGGUAAAGUUGAUGGCAACACCAUGUUAGUUAUGGACAGUUUUGCUGCCCCUGUGGAAGGAACUGAGACCCGAGUAAAUGCUCAGGCUCAGGCAUACGAGUACAUGGCCGCCUAUACUGAAUCGUCAAAACAAGUUGGUCGUCUUGAAAAUGUGAUUGGUUGGUACCACAGUCAUCCAGGGUAUGGAUGCUGGCUUUCUGGCAUUGAUGUCAGCACUCAAAUGUUAAACCAACAAUUCCAGGAGCCUUUCGUUGCCAUUGUGGUUGAUCCUGUCAGAACUAUAUCAGCUGGCAAGGUGAAUAUGGGAGCUUUUCGUACCUACCCAAAGGGUUAUCGACCUGCUGAUGAGGGACCAUCUGAGUAUCAGUCCAUUCCACUAAACAAGAUUGAAGAUUUUGGUGUGCACUGCAAGCAGUACUAUUCCCUCGAUGUAUCCUAUUUCAAGUCAUCGUUGGAUCGUAAGUUAUUGGAGUCCCUCUGGAACAAAUACUGGGUCAAUACAUUAAGUUCAUCAAGUUUUCUGGCUAAUGCCGAAUAUACAACUGGUCAGAUCUUUGAUUUAUCUGAAAAACUUGAGCAGUCUGAAGCACAACUGGGGCGCUGUGGUUUCAUGCUUGGCAUGGAUGCCUUUGAGAAGAAAUCAGAAGACAAAUUAUCCAAAGCUACUAAAGAUGGGUGUAAAACUACCAUUGAAGCUAUCCAUGGACUGAUGUCUCAAGUGAUAAAAGACUGGCUGUUUAACCAUGUACAUGUUGGAGAUAGGAACGAGUCGUCCACACUAGCUAUUGAUCAAGCAAAACCAGGGACAUCUGAUGUUGCCAUGGUAGUUGAUGAAGAGAAGAUGUCUACAUAAGUGAAUGAAAAACUGAAAAACAACAACAAAUCCAAAAAUAAGACAUUAUCAAAAUGAACCUUUAUCACAUCAAAACAAAGAAAAAUCUCUAAAACAUAAAGAAGACAAGUACUGCUAUUAAGGAUUAUUAAUAUUAUUGCUUUCAUUGCUGAUAUUUGAUAUUCUGAGUAAAUGAGGUGAUAAGAUAUAGCUGACACCAUUUGGAUAUUGUUUCUAUGGUGGUAAGAUAUUUUGAUGAGUAUAAUUACUUGAUAACGUGAGGAUAGCUUGAUAUAUAUUAAAAAUAGAUUAAUAUCUUAAUGAUAGCUUGAUAAUCUUGAGGAUAGCUUGAGGUAAGGUGAUAUCUUAAGAGUCAUACAGUUUAAUUAGACCAUAAUCUCUAUUUGGUGCUUAUUGCAGAUUACUACUAACACUGUUAAUGUGAACUUGAUAUUCUACUGAGCUACUUCACAUGCAAAGUGCAUGUGUUUUAUAGAUCUGUGUUUGUGUGUGUGUAUACAUACAUACAGACAUAUAUAUAUAUAUACACACAUGCAUACAAAUAUACACAUGCGUGUCUGUGUUAAAGUAUUUACUAUAUGGUUAGAAUUGUCUAAACAUGCCUGUUAAUAUUCUGUAAAUGGAAUAACCCUCUUUGACCAUAUUUGUAAUUAAACACUGACAUUUUAAAAAAAUAAGAAGAAUUUGGAGGUAUUUAGUAAAACAAUUUUCCUUUUCAUUUUGUAGCUGUUGUUUGGGACCCAAAUGUGAUGGAAGGUUUUAAUUUCAAUAUGAACACUUAAAAAUUGUUGUUUAGUCAUUCAUUUGCUAAGAAAGUCUGUCUAUUUAAAAUUCUACCAAAUAUUGGCAAUGAAUGGUACUAAUGAGUGCAGUUUGAGAAAAUUCUUUGUCAAAACAAAAACAUUUACAUGAAUACUCUCUCUCUCUUUACUUUUCGUUCGAAAUUUUACUGCUUUUUUUUUUUUUUUUGUUUCCUUUGGCUCAAUAAACGUUUAGUUUCAGUUGUAUAAAAAGCCUUUUCUUUGUCUUUUAUUUUGCAUCAUUGGGGAAAAUACAAAAAUGAUCAAUAAAAUACCCAGAAACUAUUUGACUAAAUAAAUGUCUUUGAUGGCUUUCGGUUGUCUCCCUUCUUUGAUACAACAUUUUGACUCAGUUGACUUUCUUUUGUCUUUUGUCUUUUCCUGGUAUUUAAGUACUAGGAUCAAUAAAUUGAUCACUCUACAAAUA